GGGGUCCACGUCGUCCCCAUGCUGACCCCUUUCUCUCCUGAUUCUAAAGGUGCUGAGGCACGAGGAGUUCGAGGAGGGCUGCAAGGCCUCCUGCAACGGCCCUUAUGAUGGAAAAUGGAGCAAAACAAUGGUGGGCUAUGGGCCAGAGGACAAUCACUUUGUUGCAGAACUGACUUACAAUUAUGGCAUUGGAGAAUAUCGCCUGGGCAAUGACUUUCUGGGCAUCACACUGGUGUCCAGCCAGGCUGUGAGCAAUGCCAAGAAGAUGGGGUGGCCCCUCAAAGAAGUCACAACUGGUGUCUUUGAAACUGAAGCUCCAGGAGGAUACAAGUUCUACUUGGAGGACAAGGAGAAGCUCAAGCAAGAUCCCGUGCUGAAGGUAACCCUGGGUGUCUCAAAUCUGCAGAAGUCUAUUAACUACUGGUCUGGUUUGCUUGGGAUGAAAAUAUAUGAGAAGGAUGAGGAGAAGCAAAGGGCUUUGCUGGGCUACGCGGAUAACCAGUGUAAGCUGGAGCUGAAGGCUCUUGGAGGAGCAGUGGAUCACGGGACAGCGUUUGGCCGGAUCGCCUUCUCCUGUGCCAAGGAAGAGUUGCCAAGCAUUGAAGCACUGAUGAAAAAGGAGAAUCAGAAAAUUUUGACACCCCUGGUGAGCUUGGACACGCCUGGCAAAGCCACAGUGCAAGUGAUUAUUUUGGCUGAUCCUGACGGCCAUGAAAUCUGCUUUGUGGGAGAUGAAGCCUUUAGAGACCUGUCCAAGGUGGACCCUAACGGUGACAAGCUGUUGGAUGAUGCCAUGGCUGCAGACAACAGUGACAAGUGGUUUGCUGCACGUAACAUGAAGAAAGUUUCAGCUUAGCUGGAGGAAAGGACUGGGCUGCUCCUUUGUACCUUGGAUUUCAUCCAGGAAAGUGCCAAUCCUGUGGAAUGUGUUGCACUGCCCUCCCAAUCUGAGGGUGUUGGUUGAUCGGUUGGUUUGAUUUAAGCUGAUGUCUGUGACUGCUGCUCUCUCCUUUCAAGCAAAUGGCAUGUUCUCCUUCUGAAAAAUCAGGCUGUGCAUUGAGGAGCAGGCUGAGCUCGUGGCUUCAAGUCCAGGGAUUAUCAGUUAAGGAAACCUCACAUUUCAGUGUUGUUGAAAAAGAGAUUGAUAGAUACGUUAUAAUAUCUAAUUUUCUAAUGAAUUUGCUUUAGCUGUCCUGAAAUUGCAGCUCAGGGAAGAGAUUUUCUGUGGCUGUGGGUACUGCAGAUGCCCUGCUCCAGUGGCAAAAUGUGGGGCCGUGUGUGGAGAACUGAAGCAGCUCAGCUGUCAGAAUGUUUAUUGGGAACAAAGAAAUGAUCUUGCCAAA